AUGCCUUCGGAACAAGGUCACCGCCUUUACGUUAAGGGUCGCCACCUGAGCUACCAGCGCGCCAAGCACACCCAGAACCCCAACACCAGCUUGGUUAAGAUCGAGGGUGUCGAGGACUCCAAGGCUGCUCAGUUCUACCUUGGCAAGAAGGUCGCUUUCGUCUACCGGGCCAAGCGUGAGGUCCGUGGCUCCAACAUCCGGGUGAUCUGGGGCAAGGUUACCCGCCCUCACGGCAACUCCGGUGUUGUGCGCGCCAAGUUCCGCAACAACCUCCCCCCCAAGACCUUCGGUGCCACCGUCCGCGUCAUGCUCUACCCCUCCAACAUCUAA